AUGCCCCGGCUACGAUUACCAGCCACAGCUGCCCCACUUUUGGUGGCGCUGGUGCUGGCGCUCGUUAUUGACGUUGCCAGCGCCCAGGGCAACUUUGAGGAUGCGGACACAGCGAAUGAGUACACGGAUCAGCAGUUCGAUUUGCGUCACACCAUACCCGGUGAGCCGGGCGUCGACUAUCCCAUAUUGAGCGACGUGCCAAAGACGAGUUUCGUCUGCAAGGGCCGUCAUGAAGGUUAUUAUGCGGAUGUGGAGAGUCGCUGUCAGGCAUUUCGCAUUUGCGCCCACACCGCACGCUCCGCGCAGGGCUUUGGCUUUCUCUGCCCGAAUGGCACGAUAUUUAACCAGCAGAAAUUCGUCUGCGAUUGGUAUCGCAACGUGGACUGCGACCAAUCGGAGAACUACUAUGACAUGAACAUCGAGAGCAGCGUGGGCAGCACACAGGAAAUGAUGGAGCGUGUGCGCCAAAUGAUGGAGUACCCCACCAAGACCAUCUCGAAAGUGCUGCAGCAGCAGGAGCUGAAUCAACAUAAGCAACAGCCAACCAAACAUCAGAGUCUUAGCAAGGAUUUGAGCAGUGUUAGUGGAGUGCUUACUCAGCCCGCUGCAAUUGCCACCGACAAAGACAUUCUGCGCGGCGAAGACAUCAAGAGCGAAACUCUGCCGGCACCAAUUGUUACUGCCGAAGCAAUUGCUCCAGAGGAUGGCGAUGAUGUUUAUGUGAAUAGUCUGGGUGAGCUGUCCUCCGAUCCGGGCAUUCAAUUCGAUCAUACGAAUGCGCACAUCAUAGCCGAGUAUCCACGUGAGUAUCACUUUCAGAAGCAAAAGAACUUUGCGGCACGCGUCAAUGCGGGCCUGGAGUUGCUCGAUGAAAGUUCACCUGGAUCCAAUGAGCAAAUGGCGCCCGAAUACAUCAAGCAAAUACGCAACACCAAGGAUGAGGCGACACAGCUAGAUUUGGUAGCCAAUAUCAAUAAUUUGCUGGAGGAGGUGUCCACCGAUUUGGAUCCCAGCGUCUCCGGCUAUCAGUCAAUGAGUCCGCAGAAGGUGAAGCAACCAUUUAGAUUCUUGAGUCGUGGAUUUUCCAUGCAAACGAACGAAAAGGAUGGCGGCAAGGGCAGCUCAUCCUAUGUAUACAAUAGACCCAAACAAACGCCGGGCACGGUCAGGUUUACGCCCAAUGAGAUACCCAUUGAUGCUCACAAAGACAUUGAACACAAGCUUAAAUUCAAUAAUGACAAAACCACAAGCAGCAGCAGCAGCAGUACCACCACCACCAGCACCACCACCACAACCACUGAAGCGCCUCUUGAAGCUUUGUUAAUUGCACCCACAUUGCCGCCAGCAUUGGAGGAGGAAGACACCACCACAAUAAGCACAUUUGUCAGCAGCAUUGAGCCAGCCGUGGACAAUAGCAGCGAGCUGCCUAUUAUAGAAUCAAUUGGUCAAGCUGCUGCACUCACAGCUAGCUUUACAUUGAAUGAGGACUUGGAGCAGGCUGAGCAUGCCCCACUGAGCGCGGCUGCGGCGGAUAAGACGGAUGUGGAUGUGCAGGCAGAGAAGCUGUUGCUGGCGGGCGUUAAGCUUACUUCACACGAUGAAGAGAUUGCGCUGCGAAGCAAUAAAUUGACGCUGGGUAGACCCACAACACGCCCCACUCGCACCACUACGGCGAGGCCAACCACCACGCCCGCAAUGAGCACCUCGACGGAAACUGUGACGGAGAUAAGCAGCACGCAGGAGCGCAUACGCAGCUAUCGACGCUUUGCGCAGAAUCGCGUGGGUGGUUCAUUGCGGCGACAAGUCCCAAUGAGACGCAGCACCACACCAAGCACCACCAAAGGCACAACCACAGCACGCUCAACCACGCCCACACGCAGCUACUCAGAUCGCUUGGCAGCAAGUCGUUUGCGCUUGUCACGACUAUCGCUGGCCAGCAAGCCGUAUACCACAGCUGCACCACCCACUAGCAGCACCAGCAACAGCAGAGCUACAACUACAGCUAGCACCACCACUGAGUCGCUUUUAGCCUUUGCGCGCGCUGAGCAGGGUCCCAAUAAAAAGAUCUCUGUGCGGGAUAUUGAGAAGGAAACGGGUCAACAGCAGCGUGCCAGCUGGGACACUGUGCAAAGCAAUUUGCAACGUUUCCAAGUGACGCGCGGCAAUCGUGUCUACACGCCAGCAACACGUGCCAGCACCAGCAGCAGCAGUACCAGCACCACCAGCUACACCACCCAGCGACCUGCUGUCACAGUCAGUGCUCAACGCGGACGCAAUCGCCACUCUACAUACAGAACACACGCACCACAGCAGCGCACUCGUGGCACCACCACGCCACGCAGCACCACAACCACACAGCGCACCACAGCUGCUGCCGCGGCUCUGUCCACGUUAACCCAACAAAUUUCUGCUUUAGCCAGCGGCUACAGCUAUGCACCACCAUCCAUACAAUUUCCAAGCACACACGACUACAUAAACGCACCCACAACUGCUCAACCUCUAAUUGCGAGCAACACACAACUGCAAUCACAAACACAGCAGCAACAAAUCACUUCAAGUCUUAUUCCUUCCUCUGCCUUCCUGCCCUUUGAUAAGCUAACGCGUGCCAUUGUUGACGACUCCAUUUUGCAGAACUUUAAGAGCCACAGCGCGCACAGAGGCAGCAGCAACCUGCAACAGCAACAACAACGUGUAACGAAGCCUGCCACCAGCAAUGGUUAUCAAUAUAUCAAGCCAGCAGCAGCAGCAGCUCCAGCUUUGGCCAGCUUAAGCAUACCACCACGACCACAACAGCAGCAACAGCAGCCACAGCAACAACAGCAACAGUUGCCUGCGUUGGUGCUGCCCACUCAGCCAGGUAUUGUUAUUGCGCGUGCCGAGGGUCAACGCAUUGCUCCCAGUUCUGCCAACAGCAUCAUCUCCUCUCUGGUCAAUCAGCCUGAAGUUAAGAGCAGCCAGGCUAAUUCCUAUGUAGCGCUUAGUGAUUUUCUUAACACUAAAUUUGGCAGCAAUCAUAACAACAAUGCGGGCAGUGUAAGUGUUGCAAAUCCUAUGACAUUGCAACAGCAACAGCACCAGCAGCAACUGCAGCCUAUAGAACAGUCGUUGCAACAGCAGCAACAAAUUGUCCAGCAGCAACAUCAACGUCAGCCAGCUAAACAGCAACAACAGCAGCAGCAGCAGCAGCAGCUCAGCUAUAUUACGCAACGCUAUCAACAGCCACAAAAACAGCAUUAUCACACACAAUUUCAGCAGCAGCAGCCUUACCAGCAACAGUUGCAGCACUACCAACAACAAUCGGCACGUCCAUCCAUACAAUCCAUACAGGAGCCCUAUCUGACGCCCAACAUUUUUGUGCCCUAUCAGCAACAGCAGCAACUGUUGCCGCUAUUCCCACCACUGGCAACAGGAGCGGCAGCAACAGCGCCAGUUGCUGGCGUAGCAGCAAAUGCAGCUAUCGUAGCCAAAGCGAAUGAAAAUGGCCAGCAGCUGGAUCAUUUGAAUGUGGCUUUGCCAGCGCUGCCCAAUGGCUUGAUACCAUCGCCCAUAUUGCAGGUAGCACAUAAGCGAAACGAUGUCGAAAUCGGGCAGCUGCAAUUGUCGGACAGCAACGGCAAGGGCAAGAUAGGUCAGGGUCAGGAGACGGCUUUCUAUGCGGGUCGCACAUCCUACCAGGUGCCGCAGAGUAGCGUCGGCCGCCUGCCCAAUGAUAUUACGCAUUUGCGACGAUUGCGCCAGCGACGCCAUUGA